GAGGUCUAGAGUUUGUCAUGAGAUCUUUAUCACUGCUAUUUAUACAUGCAAAAACAUUUUUUCUGCUCCAUGGUCAAAGGCACAGUUGUUGAAGGGGUGAAUUUAGGCAUUCAGAUCACUGAUUAGGCCAUGACACUGGCAGGAUGAAGAAAAUUGAGUGUAUGAAGAAAAGCAAGAAUGGCAGCCUGCAGAGCAGAGAGAACAUCCAGGGCUGAAACACCGCAUAUGGCAGAACAGGAAAAGAGGAGGACGGACAGACGAAGAGAGGAGCAGGAUGAGUGACUUUUUGAUAGCAUCCCAAACUUCAGCAAGUAGUUUUAGUUCAGCACGAGCUUUUAGAGGAGGAGUGAGACCAGAGGGAAGAAAACAUGAAUGAAUUAGUUUGGUGUUGGGACGACACUAAGCUCAGACUCUGUCCUCAAGAGCUGGCUCAUGUUCAUGUUCAAAGAAGAAGAAAAGGGUUGUCCCACCAUCGCACUGAGCCCGUGGUAGCCGCUCAUCUCUGCAUCAUCACCUGUCAUUUGACGUGAAAGGAAGACUUGUCUCACCAGGGCACAGAUAAGGAGCCUCUACUUCAUCAGAAACAGCCUUCCAGACAAACAAUCUGACAGCAGAACAGUAGUGUCAUCACCCUUUCACCUCUACUGCACCUUCCCUUUCGUCUUUGUGUCUCAGGUGUGUGUGUGUUCGGACUGUAAGCAGUGAUGGGGGACUGGAGUCUCCUGGGGAAUUUCCUAGAGGAAGUCCAGGAACACUCCACCUCGGUCGGAAAGGUGUGGCUCACCGUUCUCUUCAUCUUUCGCAUACUGGUGCUGGGCACAGCGGCUGAGUCCUCCUGGGGUGACGAGCAGAGCGAUUUCCUGUGCGACACACAACAGCCCGGUUGCACCAACGUGUGUUAUGACAGCGCCUUCCCCAUCGCCCACAUCCGCUACUGGGUGCUGCAGAUCGUCUUUGUCUCCACGCCGUCCCUGAUCUACAUGGGCCAUGCUAUGCACACGGUGCGCAGGGAGGAGAAGCUCCGGAAGAAAGAGCAGGAGGAGAGGGAGGCGAGAGGGGAAGGCAGGGGAGACCUGGAGGGGGAGAAGGAGUACCUGGAGCAUAAGGAGAGCGGCGGGGUGAUGAAAUCUGAUGGGAGUGGCCGUGUUCACCUGAAAGGUGCACUCCUGCGGACUUAUGUUCUGAGCAUCUUUAUCCGAACAGUGAUGGAGGUGACGUUCAUCGUGGUGCAGUACCUGAUUUAUGGGGUGUUCCUCAGGGCGUUAUACCUUUGCAAGGCGUGGCCCUGCCCCAACCCCGUCAACUGCUACAUGUCCCGCCCCACAGAGAAGAAUGUCUUUAUCGUCUUCAUGCUGGUGGUGGCUGGCGUGUCUCUGUUUCUCUCCAUGUUGGAGCUCUACCACCUGGGCUGGAAGAGCGCCAGGAGGUGCAUGCACAGCAAGGCAAUAGAGAAGAACAACCACAAAGCGGUGGCCAUGUCUGCAGCCUUGGAGCCCAACAGCCCUCCGUUGCCCUCUGCCUCCUGCACUCCCCCUCCAGACUUCAGCCAAUGCCUGGCAGUCCCAGGCUCCAUGAACCCCAUGACCACUGUGACCUCUCACCCCUUCAACAACAGGAUGGCGCUGCAGCAGAACUCAGUCAACUUUGCCACCGAGCGCCAUCACAGCGGUGACAACCUGGAGGACGGGGAAGACUUCCUGAGGAUGACAUAUGAGCAGGCACCCGCAGAGCUGCCCAACAGCUGCUCCCCAUCGCCUCUGAUGCACUCUGGCUUCAUGAAGGACAAACGCCGCCUGAGCAAGACUAGUGGAUGCAGCAGCCGGGUUCGCCAAGAUGACCUGGCAGUAUAGACUCACAACCAGAGAGAGUGGCUGACAGGGGGGAGAGGAUGGAGCGCUGAACCUUCAAAACCAAACAAAAGGGACAAAAAGAGUGAGUGUUUUUUCUGAAUGAAGGAGUCAGAAAGUGACAAUAGGCUGGCUACGCAAACUCUGCCAAUGACGCCUGACAUUGGACUGCAAAGGACAGACUAAACGUCCAGAUUAGAAAGAGACUAAGAUCUGUGAGUGGACCAUGCAAACUUGAUAUAUGAGAGCUCUGUGACCAGAAACCUGUUCCAAAGCUUGAAAAACUGACAACUGAACUGCAAAAGAAAAAUAAUUUCGAAAUCAGAGCAGGGUAACAGGUGUGAUGCCUGACAAUUGCACAUUUUAUGUUUUAGUUAAAACAGUAAAAGCCAAAAACGAAGCACGCACGAGAGAGAGAGAGAGACUAUGAAGUGAGAAUGACCUGAUGCUUUGUGCUUGGCAUGAGAUGACUUAGGGAAUCAUUUCAUUGUAAAGCAAAAAAAUGACACACAUCUCAAAUAAAUCUUCAAUCCGUUAUAGAGUAUAUUGUGGCUUUAUAUAGCACAACAGUUUUUUUUUUCCCAAUGCAAAACAAUGAGACAUGCAUUAAGAAAAAACAUGAACUUGAUAUGCAAUAAACUGUGAAGCUUGCCAUGAUAUAAAUUGGAUGUUUAUAUUCAGCACUUUUGCAAUGAAUCAAGGUGCCUUAACAAGAAUUGUGUUAUAAAAUAUCUAUUUCCAUAUGACCUGUUUUUAUAUACAUUUAAAUAUAUAUAUAUUUCCAAAAGCCACGAUAAAGAUUGUAACUUAAAAUGAAGCCAUCUCCUGACUAACAAACUUGAUUGCACUACACCUGCAGGUCAAUAGACAUACAAUUAAACUUCUUCUUCAGCAACUAGGAGCUCCAGACCUGCAAAAUAAAGCAAUUUGCAAUCUAAAAAGUGUGAGUAAAACUGUAUUCAUUUGUCAUAUCAGGUGAUAGGUUAAUGUAGCCUGUUUUUGAGGAUUUUCCUAUCAAAAGGGGGUUCAAAGAAAAAGAAAAAGAAGUAGUCCUGGUUCAAUGCUAGUCAUGAGGAGAUCCGGCCACUGGGUGGCGACAUUGCACUUACGUUAUUCAGUUUCUCUCCUGGAGCCAUUGUGUAAAUAGUGAAUUUGUCCCUAUGCAAUGUGUGUUUCAGUUGAUGUCUUUGAAUGUAUUUGAUUUCAUUUCUUGUUCUUACUAUAUGCAGAAUAAUCAUACAGGUUGUUUAUAACCACAGUUUGUGAAUGAACAUUCUUUGUAACCGGGGGUUUGAGGUGUUAUCCUACAUAUCUAAUACAGCAAUUCAUUCACUGCAACUUUGGUUCUGUCACACAUACCUUUAUGCAAUAAAUGUCAUCACUAACCCAUCACAAAUUAAUAAACGAUCAACUGCACAAUUC